AUGUCUAGCCCGUACUGUCCGCUGUACCAGGAACCAUGGGUCCGAAGGCUUCUUCAACAGAUCCAGAAUUUUCUCCAGGUUAACAGCGACUGGCUUGGGAUUGAUCCGUCACGGCCUCAGCGCGUCCUCGAUUAUGCCUGUGGGAAUGGUACUAUAUCAAGCGCCCUUCUGACUACCUUUCCAAACGCUACUUUUCAAGGCAUCGAUAUCUCCACUUCUCAGGUCCGUCGUUUCAAUGAUGAAGCUACGAAGCUACUGGGUGAAUCUCCAGACCGCAUGUUUGCCAUCCAAGGCGACCUCUACAAUCCGCACCCUGUCUUGAACGAGGUACUAUGGUCUGAAUUUGACGUCUGUUUAAUCAGCUUCGCUCUUCAUCACACCAGAGACCCGGUGGACAUUUUGACACGACUACAGCAGCGGGUUCGCACCAGGGGUACGGUUGUCGUUGUCGAUUUCCUAAGACAACACUCCGGAGCUCAUGACAGUCAUACUGCUGAACAGCAAGAGGGCAGGGACCAGAAAUACGAUGCGGCAGAUAUGGUCAAGUUGCCCCAAGGGAUGAAGAUAUGGCCGGGGUUCACUGUGCAGGACAUUCAUGCUGAUAUGACGAGUGCGGGUUGCGUUGACGUUGACGUGAGAGAGUGUCCAGAGCCAGUCGAUGGACCUGAGGAGAUACAAGGAUAUGGUAGAAUAUUUAUCGCCAAAGCCACUGCUACUUAG